AGGCCUGGUCUGUGGUCGAUGCCUCUCAAGGGAGUCCACCGACGCCCCGGCACAGCCACAGCGGCGUGGAGUACGAUGGCUCCAUGUACAUAUUUGCUGGCUACGACGGCAACUACAGGAGUGACUUCCAUCGCUACAACUUCGCCCAGCGGAAGUGGUCGGUCGUGAACGUGAAGGGGUCCGUGCCGAAGGCGCGCUAUCGGACCUCGGCCGUCGCGUACAAGAACCGGAUGCUGGUCGUUGGCGGGCACGACGGGGCCAAGCAUCUGAAUGAUUUCUACCAGUUCAAUUUCGAUACGUCGGAGUGGAGCACCGUGGAGACCACGGGCCAGACGCCGCCGCCCUCGCCGCGCGACUCGCACUCGGCGGUGAUCUGCGGCGACUCUAUGUACCUCUUCGGCGGCAGCACCGGCAGCGCGCGGAACGACCUGUAUUCCUUCAGCUUCGAGACGGAGCAGUGGCAGGAGGUCAGGCCAGCCUCUGGUUCCGCCCUGAAGACCGGGGUGCCCUGCCCGCGGUUUUGCCACACCUGCGACAUGUACCAGGGUGCACUUUACAUCUUCGGUGGUUACGACGGGCAGCAGCGGCUGAACGAUUUCUGGCAGUUCAAGCUCGCGACAGAGGUGAACAUUGACAUCCCUAGCAG